UGAUGUUGAAUGACGCGAGCCUUUAGGGUCGAAUGGACAGACGCUAGAAAGAUGGCGGAUGACAAGAGCAAUAGUAUAGGCAAUCAUUCCACUAAUAAAUGUUUCUGGAGCUCGUCGGUUCGAGGAUCGGUGUUCAUUUUUAUUUGCGUAUUGCUGGCGGAGCCCGGGCGAGCCACCACACACUGGGUGGUGACGGAGGACGGGAAGAUUCAACAGCAGGUGGACUCUCCUCUUAACUUAAAACAUCCCCACCAUUUAGUUCUUUUUAUGCAACAAGAGACUCGUGUGAACUACCUCAAGAAAUUAGAGAAGCAACUAGUUGCUCAGAAAAUUCACAUCGAAGAGAACGAGGAUCGGGAUACUGGCUUAGAGCAGCGACACUAUAAAGAAGAUGCUGACUGUGUCACGGCUAAAGUUCCACUAGGAGACUUGGAUCUCUAUGACGGCACUUUUAUAUCUCUGGAGAGCAGAGGCAUAAAUCCGGAGGAUUAUUUGGAUCAAACGUCACCUCUACCUCCAGACCUGGAAAAACCUGACUGUAUAAAAAUACUUGACCUCCCUUACAGCAUUCAUGCAUUUCAGCACCUCCGGGGUGUACAAGAGAAGGUAAACCUCACAUCACCCUUGCUUUCAAAGGAUGACCCGAUCUUUACCUCCCUGUCGCUUAAGCCCGGUCAGAAUGUGGAUGAGGUUGGGCAUCGGAUACACCAAGCCCUACUGCGUAACUCAUCUUCGUGGGUGCUUUAUAAUCUGGCCUCGUUUUACUGGCGUAUAAAGAACGAACCGAGGCGAGCUGUGGACUGUGUGGUGCGUGCCCUGCAUUUUUCUCCAAGGCCGCACAAAGACAUUGCACUUGUCAAUAUGGCAAACAUACUUCACCGAGCGCACUUCUCAGCGGACGCCGCCAUCCUCGCACACGCUGCUCUUGAUCUCACCACCGAUCUGCUAACCAGCCAUUAUACCCUGGGCAACAUUUAUGCUAUGUUGGGGGAGUAUAAUCACUCUGUGCUGUGCUAUGAGCAGGCCCUGCAGGCUCAGCCUGUCUUUGAGCAGGCCCUCAGAAGAAAACAUGCGGUCCUCUGCCAGCAGAAGCUGGAACAGCGGCUUGAAGCUCAACACCGGUCUUUGCAGCGUACCCUGAAUGAACUGAAGGAGUACCAGAAACAGCAUGAUCAUUACCUGCGGCAGCAGGAGAUGCUGGACAAGCACAAGCUCAUUCAGGAGGAGCAGAUCCUGCGAAACAUCAUUCAUGAGACCCAGAUGGCUAAAGAAGCACAACUCGGAAAUCACCAAAUGUGUCAUAUGGGCCAGCAGAAGUUCACCCUGCACUGUCCUUUUGACCUGCCUGUGCGGUAUCACCGUGGAGAACUCUUUGAAAAUGUCCACUACAUUCAAUUUGGUGAGGAGGUGUCUAUAGCCAGCAGUGUUGCUCUGGUGUCUGAGUUGAGCAUUAAUGAGAGUCACAGUCCUCAGCAGUUCUACACAAUGUCCUUAAGACGUGAACCUGCGGCCUACUGGGACAAAGAGACCACUUCAGCUGAGGAAAGUCACUGUGUGCUGUGGCCUACGAAGACAGACUGUACACAGCGAUUCUCCUCUGUUCCCCCUUCCCACCUGCUACCCACAUAUUACCUUCCUCCUGAGUCCCGCAACUUUAAAGCUCUGAAUAGCCUCUUAGAUAACACAAGUCCUCCACCAUCAGAAAAGACCCCAGACUGCAGCUUUAAGAAUUUUGUCUCAGCUAGAGACCCACUGACCUCUGUAUCCUGGGCCUUAGAGAAGGAGCUGCCUGACGCACAUGCCACAGAGGUCCUGUUGAAGCACAGUGGUGGGAGGAGUUUGGAGCAAACUGGAGCACUGAUCGCUCAGGCUUUGGAAAAGACGACCGGCCCGCGGUGGAUGAUGCAGAACGAGGCAGGUCUGUACUGGCGCGCUAAAGGAAAUGGAACGCAAGCUUUGGUGUGUCUGCGUCAGGCGCUGCAAUCUGUUCCUCCUCAGCACAGAGACAUGCCGCUUGUCAACACCGCCAACCUACUGCUGCAUUACGGUCUGCACGACGAAGCCAAUGAGCUGCUGCAACAGGCCCUGCAGAUCAAUGGCUCAGAGCCUCACACUCUGUUAAGUCUGGUCAGCGUUCACCUCUCUCAGGGAAACCUGACUGGAGCUCUAACCGUGUUCCGUCAUGCCCUAAUGCUCACAGUUCGUUGCCCCCAGUGUCGCACUAGCCUGCCUCUGAUGCGCUGCCUCCAGUUUUACCCCUUCCUUUACAAUCUCCAGCAUCAGACCUGCCCGUCUGGUUCUGGCUGUGAGGCAGAGGAAGACUCAGAGCUGGAGGACUGGGACUCGGGCAGGCAGGAGGCCUGGGACACUGAUGCCAUGCCUGUGUCUGCUUUAGAGGAUUCACUCCUCUUUGAAAAGGUGGUGGUGGACAGCAAUGGCUCAGAGGAGGUGGGUGGUCAGGAGAGGGACAGAGAGCAAAAAAAGGAGGAGGUGGAGGAGCAAGACUGGCAGUUGAGGGAGGAGCUGAUAGGAGCAUUUGAAGGGGCUCUGGACAUGAAUGGAAAGACAGGGGACCUGAGGGGCAUCCGUGUGCUGAAAAACGACAGGGUCAUGGGGGCGAGAGGUGGAGGGCCCUGCUUCGGCAACUGUGAGGAUGAUGAGGGUUCAGAAUGGAUCACAUUUCAGGUAAAACGAGUAAAAAAAACAAAAAGUGAUACUUCAGAAGGCUGGGUGGGAGAAGCAGAUGUCCGUCAGGGUGAACCGUCAUCAAGCAACUCUAUCUUGGAGAUCAGUGGGCCCACAAUACCCUCACCGGGACCCUCAGAGAGAUGGAAGGACUACAGCAGUCUGGGUUGGCCAGGUCCCGAGGAAUGUCAGCGAACGCGACGUGUAGACCUCACUACCGUGGCUAGUACCUGGCUCGCUGUUUCUGCUAAGAACAUAGACAUCACAGAGCAUAUAGACUUUGCCACUCCUCUUCAGGAGCCUGCGGUGGAACCACUGUGUAAUGCCAACCUCCCUGCCAGUAUGCACACUUUGGACCACCUGAGUGGGGUGGCCAAUCGCGGAGGCAUUCACUAUACUGGAGAGAGUCAGCUCAGAGAGGUUUUGCAGAAUCUGGGAAAAGAUAAAUUUCCACCCCAGUCAUUUGAGCAAGUGGGAACACGCAUUGCUAAGGUUUUGGAAAAGAAUCAGACCUCCUGGGUUCUGUCCAGCAUGGCAGCGUUAUAUUGGAGAGUAAAAGGUCAGGGAAAGAGAGCCAUUGACUGCCUCCGUCAAGCUCUAAACUUCGCUCCUCACCACAUGAAGGAUGUGCCCCUCAUUAGCCUUGCCAACAUCUUCCAAAAUGCACGGCUAUUGGAGGAAGCCCUGACUGUGGCUCGCAUGGCAGUGGAAAUCGCUCCUCACUUUGUGGUCAACCAUUUUACCCUGGCAAAUGUCUAUAUAGCUAUGGAAGAGUUUGAGAAAGCAAUGCAUUGGUAUGAGUCGACUCUAAAACUCCAGCCAGAGUUUGGGCCAGCCAAAGACCGUCUGCGCACCAUUCAGUGCUACCUCCUCUCCAAGAGGGACCGGCGAGCUCCCUGAAAACGCACACACGCGCAAACAUGAUUUGAACAUGCUUCUUAAUAUUAGCUUUCAAUAAGGAACACAGUGUUUGUCUAUUUGUUGUCUUAAUUUCAUAAAUACAGACUAUAUCAUUAAUGUCUAUAAGGUUGGGUUUCACUUGAGCUAUGAAAACCGACUACCAGUUUUCUGAUCAUUUUACAAUUCUGUUUUAUGGCCUAAGGGGUUGUUCAUUUAUUUUCUAUCAAACAAUUAAGGGAUAUUUCUGCUAGGAUUGUUGAAAGGGUCACUUAUAUUUUGCUUGAGAUUUUAGUGUGCCGGGCAGAUCCUGAACUCUAACGUCUUAUGUUUUUUACAGUAGUACAGAAUUUGAUUUUUUGCCCUCCCAAGUGCGCAUCCCUUUCUCUCUCAGCUAUAGAUGCUACAAUGUUAUUCAGUAUAUGAACUCUUAAAAGAAACCCUAAAACCCAUACUUUUACAUUCACACUUGGUUUAUUAAUGGUAACAUUUUGCUAUCACCUAGGCCCUUAUGCUCUAACGAUUUUAAUCUGCCAUCAAAACAGUUGGAAAAUGAUUGUAUUUCCUCCUGUUGCUUUAAAUUAACUACAAGAAAAUCACUAUUACUGCAAAAGUGGAGAGGAAAACGUCCUCCGGUGGUGUAUUAUACUGUUUUCAAAUUUGUUUUACCUAACAUCGAAAAACUCCUAAACAUUCAGAUCAAGCCAUUGCAGAAAUUUGAUGAACUAAAGAUCAACAACAAAGUUGAAUUGUUUAAAAAAAUUUUUUUAAUGAUGGCUUUCCUGUGGCUCAGUGGUUAGAGGAUGGCACUAGCAAUGCCAAGGUCAUGGGUUUGAUCCCAGGGGAUUGCACAUAGUCAGAAGCAAAUGUAUAAUACAAUGCAAUGUAAGUCGCUUUGGAUAAAAGCGUCUGCCAAAUGCAUAAAUGUAAUGUAAUGACACUCCCUACUUUUUUUAAACUGACCUCUGCUGUGGAGCAAAUGUGAAACGUUGCUCAAAGCAAUGCUCGAGAAAAUACAUUUCCGUUUGCUUUUCACAGAUGAGCUGUUGACUUUCAAUAUCAGUUUCAAAUUAUUAUCAAGAUCUAAACCUUCUGUAAUUGUUCUAUAUACAACACUCGGAAAGUCAUGAUAAACAUUCUUGGUGUCCAUAGUCUUAACGUACCAGUUCCUCAGAAAUUAAAGUGGAAAUGAUGUGCUAAAUGACGUGAAUACUUUUUCUUUAAAAGUUCAGU